CGAUCCCUCACAGGAGAUAUACAACACCUGUCCCUGACCCAGGGUCUUGGGUAAUUUUGGAAAAGGGGGAGGAUGAACAACCAAAAUGGAUCAAAAAGCCUUACCGAAAGCGUCAUUGGGCGAGCGCUGGACACUCUCAUGUCCCCGUGCUCUACGUCCACCGCCCGCCAGGCUUCUCUUCGCCGACUGGAGGAAGUUAUCCUGGCUGUGAUGCAAUCACGCAGCGAGUACUCCAACCUUGCUGCGGGCGACACCUCGGCACGACCCUCGCAGGUAAAGGUAAAAGGCAAACAGAAGGACACGCACGAUGUGCGUCACGUGUGGUGCACACUGCAAGAUAGUCCGCGCUUGAAUGUCGCGCACGCCCUUGUCGCGCACAUACGAUGUCUUCUGUCUGCAAUGACAGCGCCUCCGGGGUUCUAUGGGGCGUCCGAAGGGAUGAAGGAAUUUGUACCCCCAAGCCAAGUGCCAACGGACAUGCUGCAAGAGCUGCUGUCCUGCUUUCGUUUACUGCCGGGGCUUUGCCUCACCCAUAUUGCAAGCAAACAGCUGUGCGCCCAACGAGGCGUCAUCGAUCUUUGCCUCACACUGGCCCGUGUCUUAGUUGCGAUUGCCGCGACAAACGCGGCCUCGAACCACAAUGCAGCAUGCGACGAAGAGAGGCUCCCUAUGCAACAGCUUCUCACUUCGAUUGCAGCGGCGCUGACUGCCAUUCUUAUCGAUGACGAGCGAGCAGCUGAAGAGUUCGAGCAACGCGGCGGUCUUGAAACCCUCAAAGAUAUGAUGUCAAUCUCUUCGGAACCACGCGGUGUUCUGAGCACGUCAGUCGCAAGUAGCAGUGCCAACACUCUGAUACAAUCUCGGGCCGCUCCUACUAAGAGGUUUGAGCCAUCAAGAGCCGCUUCAGAUGGAAGCAAAGAGAAAGGGAGGAGAUCAGAGGCAGACCCGCUGCACUGGGCGUGUUUGGAGCUCCUCACCUCUCUGUAUCGUCCGGAGGAGUUCGAGGCGAUUUCAAAGCGGGAAUCGCCGCGCAAGAGGCGCAGGCGUAACAUGGGCGGAGCGUCGAGUCGCGACAUUUCGCCUGAAGAGCGCAAAGCUGCUCAAAUUCAAGGCCUCGAUCAGCCUGCAGCCUUGUCAAUCCGGGAUCAGCCAAGGGUGCGUAAAGUGCCGUCGACUUCAAGCCUGUUCGAUACAGACGCCCGGGCAUCGGGCCCCUCGACACGGCGAAUUACAUCAGAUCACACUGCAACCUCGCGCAUGCUGCAAGUUGAAAGCGCCUCCAUCCUCCGUCGCGGGCGAAGCUUACAGGCAAUGCGUCCGGACAGCAGCGCGGCGCCAUCGCGUCUCGGUGAGGCAACACAAGCAACCCCUAGACUUCGCCAAGUCGCUUCUUCUUUGGCCUUGACCUCAAGCAAGACCGCCAGAAAAGUCUUUACUGAUCCCGAGAAGAAAGUCAUCAAGGACAAGCGAGCGAGUUAUACCGCGCUUGGCCUCGGAGGCGGGCGCAUCGCGCAAAACGGCGCGACCGCGCCUGCUACCGAAAUUCGAAGGUCUGCACGACUAUCAAAUGGAGCGUCGGAGACAGAAUCGAGGCCAGCAUUCGCGGAGCCCGUGUCCGUUUCCCGAGGUAACCGUCCAAAAGAAACUCGCACCGUUACACCAGUGUUCGCACAAGCCUUGACCGACUUUCAGAGCAAGGACGUCCCCAUGUCACCUGCUGUCAAACGCGCCCAUGCCGUUCGAUCACUGCCGUAUAACAAAAGCAAGCAACGCCUCGACUUGCUUCUUAGCCAGCGAUUCAAGGACGAGCCCUCAGCAAUGCAUGCGACACAUCCUCCUGGUAGACGUGCAGCGUUGAUGUCGCUCAACGGCCAUCGAAGUGGGCACUCUUCUCAGGCAAGCUAGAAUAGAAGGCCACCAAUCGCCUUCCAACCCAUUUGCAGGAC